CCUUUGAUUGAAGAAGUAAGACUUGUAAGACUUGUGAAUUCCAUCUAAAUAGAAAAGAGACUGUUCCGGAGCAUGAGUGUCAGUUGAAUUGGCAUGGCUCUAGUAAAUCCAUGGAGGCAGAUAUGGCGGUGUCUAUGGCCCACAGAUUAAAAGAUGAUGAAUGUGAAAUUAAUGUCAUACAUGCUGAUAAUGAUGCAGCAACAUCAGCCAGACUUGAAGUUGAGUUUGAAAAUAUAAAGAAAAAAGAUGACCAGAACCAUGUAAAGAAGGGGAUAUCAACAAGCUUAUAUGAUAUUUCAAAGAGUUACAAAGAAUUGCAAAAGGAUGAAACAAAACAAUAUAUUUUGAGGUGCUUUAUGUAUUCCAUUAAGGGAGGUGACAAUGAAGAUGACAUUAAGAUUUGGCUGCAAAGAAUUGUACCACAUAUUUUUGGAUCACAUGAAAAUUGUAAUGAUGCUGACUGGUAUAAAAGUUUACCAAAUGGGAAACCGCUCAAGUCUGAAGGAUUAAAGGUUGAAUUGAAUAAUUUAGUGCAAAAAAUGAUUGGUAGGAGUAAUUCUUUGAAUGAUCUUGGAUCUACACAGUCAAAUGAAAGCUUUAACCAGCUUGUAUCUGUAAAGGCACCUAAAUCAAGGGCUUUAAAUCUUUCAUACCCUGACUUCUAA